AGUGCGGCACCAUGAGAAAUCUACCGCCACGGUGACCCUUCCCGCACGAAGGAGAGUAUAUCCCCUAGUGACUAACUUGCCGCAUCAGCAUGGCCAAUUCUUUUCACACCUCAACGGUUCCCUGUCCUCUCCACGUAUCUGGUUUAUCUGUUGAUUUCAGCAAGUCGGCAAAGAAUGUAGAGUCUGCUCAAGUACGGAUCGGCGAGUUGCACACGCCGGUUGAACGUGGAGAAGGAAAGACUUUGCAACACACAUUUUCUUCGCCCAUAAAGCUUUCCAUUGGGGAUUCGUUUUCGUUACAUUUUGAUACCAAGGACAUCUUCCGCCUGUUUGGUGCAAGUGGAGAACCUGAAACACAAGAAUACACCAAGUCUCACAAAAAUUUCACGAUCGUCGUCAAGCUUUCUAGGAAUGCGGCAACUGAAGCUGGGCAGUCUUCUAGUGAACACCCGGCGCUUCAGCCCACCACCGACAAAAUCAUUCAGAUGUGUCCUCGGUUCCGAAUUCUAGUGAUAGGAAAUACUGGUGUCGGGAAGUCUUCACUGAUCAAUCGCGCAUUCGGGGUGGAGAAUGCGACCUCUUCGCAUGAUAUGCCAGGCGAGGCCACCAUCGACUACGAGUUCACCUCACAGCAGAACAACAGAUUCGUUCUGCACGAUAGCAAAGGGUUUGAACCAGGGGGAAAGGACAACUUCGACAUAGUCCAGGAUUUUAUCGACCGUCGGGGUAAAAUGCCUGAUUUGAAAGAUCAGCUGCACGCCGUUUGGCUUUGCUUUGAAAUACCCUGUACAGGCGGGCGUUUACUGGAGACUGCCACGGAGGCAUUCCUCACAUUGAAGCGUGACAAUAAGCUGGGGAAAAUCCCCCUCAUCGUCGUUCUCACUAAAUAUGAUGAGCUCAUCAAACAAGUGAAUUUCGAUCUCCCUGAUUCCUCUCUUGAAGGAUUGAGCGAGGAUGACAUCAACAAACGCAUCAAGAACGAAGCUGAUUCCAAGCUACAAGAUAUCUGCUUUGAACCCCUUAAGAAAUUUGCAGGGCCUAAUAUACCACACGCGGUGGUCUCUACUAAGGAAAAGUACGAGGAGACGAUGGCCCAUCUGAUACAGAUGACUGAAGUACGUGUCCGUGAGCAUGUUUCGGCCGAGGCGUCGGCGAUGUCCUCCAUCGCACAACGAGUGGAUCCUGACCUGAAGAUAGAAGAAUCGAUUCGGGUUGGAAAGAGAAGAUAUUGGAAGGCGCUGGCAUCAAGCACAGCAUUUCAGAGCCGUAGGAUGCAGGACUGCCUGGAUGUGCUUCACACGGACAUUGUCACUGUGUGGAAUUUCCGUGACACUCAUGAUUACUUGAACAGCUCAGAGUUUAAGACGUUGAUGGUGAACAUGGUCAAUAGGCUAAAUGUUGGACCUACAGCUGAUCCCAACAGGACCAUUGCUGUUGGGCUUCCGAUGGUGGCUGCUAUUGCGGGCAUCGUGUCUGCCCUGUCAGGACCUGUGGCUCCCAUUGUGGUACCAAUUGCAGCAGGUAUCUUAUUCGCCGCAUGGGCUCGCGAAGUAUACCGGACGUCCCACGAGGUGCUUCGGCGCUUGAUGUGCUAUAUCAUCGACUUGACUCUCGUGUUACGAACGCUUUAUUUUUUAUCAGAAAACCAGGAACUCUCUCGCAGGGCCAUCAAGCUCGCGGUCGCUUCUUAUCGUGCCUCGUCAAUUAGCGGAGACGUCCAAACUCAGAUUCAGAAGUAUGAUAAGGGAUUGAAAGUCCUGGAACACGCGGAUCACCAUACGUUGGAUAAAAUCACUGAGCUGAUGAAAUUGAAUCUCAUUAACAGUGAUGCAGAAGCAAUUUCCAAACUUCGGGAACAGAUUGCGGCUGUGGGUUUACUUCAGGAAGAAGCAUGGUAAGACAAGAAGGCAUAAUAGUCAAUCCUUUCUUUUGUGCAUGGUUCUGCGCGUUGGCGGGCAUUGUCGGAGUAUAUCUGUCAGGACUACUUACCCUAUUGUAUUCUCAUUUGUACUAUAGUUGCCGGCCGGGACCCC